AUUUUAUUUCGUUUGACAUUUCCUUUCUUCUUUAUAUCGGCCACAUGCUUUUUUAACAUUUUACUAGUGUUUUAAAUACGUUGUUACAAGUUCUUUAAUUAAUUUUGCGAACAUUAUGGAAGUAGAAAAUAUAAAAAGUGACGACUUCCAACCACCUACGGCCUUGAAAAAAGCCACUAAGAGGUCCGCUGAACAAAAUACAUCAAUGCAAAUAGAUGAAGAGUCUCUUUUGCAGGAGACAAAACAAAGGCAUCAGGCUCCGAGAGCAAAACGGCAAAAAAGUGAUGUUAGAAAGAUAUCCGUUCCACCGCACAGAUAUUCAUCACUUAAGGAACAUUGGAUGAAAAUUUUUACUCCGGUUGUAGAACACAUGAAGCUUCAAAUAAGAUUUAAUAUGAAAGCGAAACAAGUCGAGCUUCGACUUAGUGCGGAAACACCAGACAUCUCUAACUUACAAAAGGGCGCUGAUUUUGUAAAGGCAUUUCUCUGUGGAUUUGAAGUUGAUGAUGCUUUAGCCUUACUUCGCUUAGAAGAUCUUUUCGUAGAAACAUUUGAAGUAAAAGACGUAAAAACACUACGUGGAGACCAUUUAAGUCGUGCAAUAGGACGUUUAGCGGGCAAAGGAGGACGCACAAAAUUCACUAUCGAAAAUGUUACAAAAACACGAAUAGUUUUGGCUGAUAGUAAAAUUCACAUCCUGGGAAGUUAUCAAAAUAUUCAACUAGCCCGGAGAGCAAUUUGUAAUCUCAUCCUUGGCUCACCACCCAGUAAGGUAUACGGAAAUCUCCGAUCUGUGGCCAGCCGGUUGUCUGAACGUAUGUGAAGCAAGGUGGACUUUUCCCAUUGGUUUUAGAAUUUCAUAAUUACUUUGGAAUAUUGAAAAAUUAAUAUAUUUAUUUACACAUUUACAACUUUGUAAAAAUUAGAAGCAGGAGCAUGAAUAAAGUUACUGCUGCCAAUACCAUAA